AUGAAAAAAUCUAGCAUAAUUGCUGCUUUAUUAGCAUGUGCUCUUGCCAUUGCUACGGCUCAAGACACUACAGGUGGAGGACAAGAAGGUAGCAUGAUGACUGAUAAUACUAACCCAAAUACCAAUCCACCAAGUACCACACCUCCGGAUACGGCUGCUUCAAAUGGAGUUAAUCCAGCUGCACCUAAUGCAGUUGAUCCAGCUGCACCUAAUGGAGUUGAUCCAGCUGCUCCAGUCCCACCUUCUACGCCGGUAACAGAAGCCCCGGGUCAAGUGUUGGCAACCAAUCCUUCUCCAAUGACCGACAGUGACAGUGGCAGCAGCUCUGCCAACGCUAGUGAUCUCGAGUCUCCCGUGACAAAGAAACCCAAGAGAAACAUGGACUCGGAGUCAAACUCGUCGAAUUCGUCUAAAACCUCAAGCGCCUCUAUGCUAGCUACUGCAAUCGGAACUUGGACCCUUGCAGGCCUGCUCGGAUUUGCUGCGACGCUAUGA